AUGCCCAACCCGCGCAUCCUCCUCCUCGGCGGCCACGGCAAGGUCUCCCUCCUGCUCACGCCCAAGCUGGUGCAGCGCUCCUGGGACGUUGUGUCCGUCAUCCGGAACCCGGGCCAGGAAGCUGCGGUCCUGGAGGCGGGCCGGAGCGGGCCGGGCGGCAUUGAGGUGCUGGUCACGAGUUUGGCGGAUGUGAGGAGUGAGGCGGACGCGAAGGUCAUUUUGGAGAAGACGAGGCCGGAUUGGGUUGUUUGGAGUGCUGGUGCUGGCGGUAAAGGCGGAAAAGAGAUGACUUACGCCAUCGAUCGCGACGCUUGCACGUUCUUCGCCCGCUCGGCGAUCAACGUGCCGUCUGUGAAGAAGUUCCUGCUGGUUUCUGCGCUGAGUUCGAGGAGGGAGAGGGCAUCGUGGUGGGAUGACCAGUCCUGGGAGACGGUGACGAAGGUCAAUACCGAGAUGAUGCCGGAUUAUUACAAGGCCAAACUAGCAGCCGAUGAGAACAUCACUGUUCUCGGCGAGGAGAAAGGCUUUCAGUACAUUGUGCUCAGACCUGGCAACUUGAGCGAUGAACCUGAGACGGGGAGAGUCGUUUUGGGAAAGACUCCUGCGAGGGGGAAAGUCACGAGAGGCGAUGUCGCUGAGGUAGCGGCGAGAUUGCUUGAAAAAGACGGCGCGAAGGGGUGGUUCGAUAUUCUCGGAGGCGAGGCCAACCUUGGUGAGGAAGUUGACAGGGUGUUGAAUGACAAGGUGGACUCGAGGGAAGGAGAGAGCCUGGAAGUUAUGAAAAAGGAUCUGAAGCUGUAA